AUGUGGGACCACAUCGACGGCACGCCAACCCCUGACAAAGAAGCUGUCGAUUACUCUUCUUGGAAGAAAAUCGAUGCAGUCGUGUUGCAAUGGAUAUAUGGGACGCUCUCCAGCGAUCUUCUCGUCCAUGUUUUGGAAGAUAAAUCCACUGCCUUUGAAGCAUGGAAGCGGUUUGAAAACUUGUUCUUGAACAAUAAAGGCUCUCGAGCCUCAGCCCUCCAACACGGACUCACAAACCUCACCCUCUCCGCCAUGCCAGAUCUUGACUCCUACUGUCAAAGAAUCUGUGACCUCAUGGACCAACUUGCUGUUGUGGAUAACCCACCAACACCCAAAGAAUUCUCUACUCAGUUUGCGGCCUAUCGCGUGAAAACGACACUCCCACCUCCAGCCUCACCUAGUGUCUUCCCUAAUAGGAGACUGCUAUUGACCAACUCCAGGCCGAGGCGCGUCGGAUUGUGGCUCAUGAAAACCUCCCACCAUCGCCUCUAG